GCAGUCCCCGAUUUUUCCCAGCAGAAACUGAGUGUCAUUUUUUUUUUCUGGCUUCAGUUAUUUUUGGCUUGUUGAUCUUCUUCUGCUUUGUUCUUUUAUUCUUUUGCUUUAAAAGAUCUUUUGCCAUUAUUUGGUCUGUGAGAGAACGACGUUGCGGAUUCUAAUUAUUCUUCCGCUUUCUCCGCUCUGCUUAUGUUGCUUAAAGCAGAAACGUUUUUCCUUUAGCCAAUCAAAACAAUCUUCGGCCUCUUUUUUACUCACAUCAUGAUCUACACUUCGUCUUGCACCCCGGUGCCUAUACCCAACAUCGAUAUCUGUUCGUUCUUGUUUUUACCAAACGAGUAUAACCAAAAACGCGCUCACAAUCGUCCUAUCUUGAUCGACGGGAAUUCGGGAAAAACUUUAUCGUACGCUCAAGUGCGGGAUCAGUGCAGCCGGUUAGCCGCUGGAUGGCGCGAUCAGCUUGGCCUGAAGAAAGGAGAUGUGGUUGCUGUUUUCGCCCCCAAUCAGUAUGAUCACGCUCUAUUGUAUUUCUCCAUUCUGGGUGCUCAAUGCACUGUCACACCAGGCAACCCCAAUUACACAAAAGCCGAGUUUGAGCAUCAGUUGCGUACGUCCAACGCUCAAGCCAUUGUUACCGUGCCUGAACUGCUGCCGACCUUAUCUCAAUUAGCUACAGAAUGUGGUAUCCCUCGCGAACGUGUGCUUUUGUUUGGAGAUCGAGCCGUCGACGGGUAUCAGUCAUUCUACAGCUUGAUGUCCAACCGAUCCAUUACCUAUCCGCUUCCAGAGAGCAACGCUGCGGACGAUGUGGCUUUUAUCUGCUUCUCAAGCGGCACGACAGGCGUGGCCAAGGGCGUCAUGCUCACACAUCGAAACUUUGUGGCGCAAAUGCUUAUAGUAACGCUUUUUGAAUACCCUCAUGGCGCCCCGGAAACCGAUGUGAUUCUGGCCUUUUUACCUUUUUAUCACAUCUUUGGGCUCACCACAUUGUGUUUGCGCGCAUUUUACACCAUGAAUCCGGUCGUCAUCAUGUACAAGUACGAUUUACAAAAAAUGUGUCAGCUGGUCCAGCAACAUACUGUUACAGUGCUUCCCAUUGUCCCUCCUGUUGCGGUGCAUCUAGCCAAAAGUCCAAUUGUUCAGCAAUACAAUCUAAGUUCUCUUCGCAUGAUCGGCUGCGGCGCGGCUCCUUUAGGUCGAGAACAUAUCGAUGCUUUGAACCUUCGAAUCAAUGCGCCAGUGAGACAAGGAUAUGGCAUGACGGAAACGACGGCCGGAUGUAUAUACCAGAAAGUGGGCAUCAGUCCUGCAGGCUCGACGGGCGUCCUCAUAAAUAAUAUGGAAUGCAAACUCGUUGAUGCGGAUGGCAACGCUGUGGGACCAGAUCAGGAUGGCGAAAUUCUGCUUCGAGGUCCUACCAUCAUGAAGGGAUAUAUCAACAACGCCACAGCCAAUGCCGAAACAUUCACAGAAGGUGGAUGGAUGCGCACUGGUGAUGUGGCUCGUUUCGACAGUCAAUACAACGAAUUUUUUAUUGUCGAUCGGAUCAAAGAAUUGAUCAAAUACAAGGGUUACCAAGUAGCCCCUGCCGAGCUUGAGGCGGUAUUGAUGAGCCACAAAGAUGUAGCGGAUUGCUGCGUUGUCGGUGUGUACGACGCGGCUGAAGCCACGGAACUUCCACGGGCCUACGUUGUCCUCCAAUCGACGGCCGAUCGAACCGAGGCGUUUGCUGAGCAGCUUGUUCAGUACGUUGCUAGCCAUGUAACACGCCACAAACAUUUACGCGCUGGUGUUCGCUUUAUUGAUGUGGUGCCUAAAAGCCCAAGUGGCAAGAUCCUACGACGUCAAGUCAGAGAAUGGGUCAAGCAGGAAAUGCAAGACAAAGCAAGCGAGACACAAGCGCGACUGUAAAAUGACGUUAGGCUUACAAUAGUAACUGAUGAAUAAAAAAAAUAAAAAAACAGACAAUGCACUAACA